AUGAAUGACUCUCUUUUCAAUGAGUCGUUGGUAUCCACCACGCCAGAGAGUUGUCAUUUUGAUCCACCACCAAUGACAAAUAUACGAUUUUGGUUAGUUACCGUAUUCGGAUCAACUGUAUCAUUUAUCAGUAUAUGCAACAAUGUUUUACUAUUCUAUGUCUUCAGCUCAAGGAAACAUCAUCGUACGAGUCAUAACCUUUACCUGAUGCUUCUGGCUUUUUUCGACAUUUUCGUCAGUAUGGCUUAUAUUGCUCUGAUGUCCGUGAAUAUUCUUAUCGACUACUUGAUCUCGCCUACUCUUAUGCAAAUCUGGUUUUCCUACAUGGUCCCAAUGAUAACGAUCUCACAUGUGGCGAUGACGUCAUCGUCAUUCUUAAUAGUUUGCGCAUCAUUUGAACGAUAUUGCUUAACAGUAAAAUCUUCAAUUCUACCAUUUGCUCAGAGAAAUCGGAAGUAUAUUGCUGCUUUUGCCAUUCUGCUAGGAGUGAUCAGUAAGGGUACGAUGUGCCUGGAAUUUGAGUUCUACGAGAUUCCCGAGUGUGAAGGUUUGAUAACACAAACUCAGAUGGGAUAUACGGAUCUUGUAACGAAAACUCCAUACAAUGUUGUUUGGCGAUUUUGGUACCGUAAUUUCGUCACUAUAAUUGCUCCAUUCUUCAUUCUUGCCUAUUUCAACAUACGGAUCGUGAAAGCCCUGACACGGCAUACAAAAAUGACUGUUUGUCAGCUGGCUGGUAAUGCUCUAGUUGAGCAAGCGAAAAGAAAGGCUACAGCUCGUGCUGCGACCAGAACUCUUGUGAUGGUAGUUUCAUGUUAUCUGAUUAGUAACAUCAUCAGCGUUGUGCUCACAAUAUGGGAACAUUUGGACAAAGAAAUGCUCAUGGAAUAUGUGAACUUCUAUGCAAUCGCCAUAGAUCUAGUCUCAUUGCUCACAACAUCUGCUUGCGCUUGUCGUCUUCCAAUCUACCUCACUUGCCAAAAUGCUCUGAGACAAGAGAUAAAAGAAGUUCUAACAUCGCUGCCAUGUUGUCGGAAGGGAACGAUCGAAGACAGCGAAUACCAAGUGCUGUCAAAAUCCUCGGCAACAUCCUCGUUGGUAUCACGUCGGCAGAAUGCGAAUGGAAAUUCCAAAGAUUUGGUUUACAAACUGCCUACUGGUUGUGCUGUGAUAGAAGGCCAGGGAACGGUGAUAGAAAACAUUCAAGAAUGUGCAGAUGCAGAUGAAACAUCUCCAGAUGACAUCAAAAUUUGUCUUUCAAGCGCUUAUGAAACAUUAUUAUGA